CGCAUAGAGAGAGUCUCUGGGAUUGGAGGAAGAGCUGCGGUAUAAACCGGUUAUCUAUCCGCCCGUCAUGGCCAGGUUUGCCUUAACCAUCGUGAGACAUGGGGAAACCCGAUACAACAAGGAGAAGCUGCUGCAAGGGCAAGGAAUAGAUGAGCCGCUCUCAGAAAUGGGAUUCAAGCAGGCAGACGCUGCGGGCAGGUUUCUGAGCAACGUCCGAUUCACCCAUGUUUUCUCCAGUGAUUUGAUCCGUGCAAAACAAACAGCGUGUGCCAUCAUGAGGAAUAACCAACUCAGCGAGGACAUUAAAAUUAUGUAUGAUCCCAGACUCCGGGAAAGGAAAUACGGUGACGCCGAGGGUCGGCCUCUAAGUGAACUAAAGGUGAUGGCAAAAAAAGCUGGAGGUCAGUGUCCGUCUUAUACCCCACCAGGAGGAGAGACCCUAGAGCAGGUUAGAGCUCGUGCCAAGGACUUCUUCGAAUAUCUUUGCCAGUUAGUGAUGGCGGAAUCUUCUGUAAAGGAGAAGUCAGAAUUAGGUGCUUCAGGAAUGGUUGGGAUCAUGUCUACCGACCUGGCCCCUUUUGUGAAUCACAAUAAGGAACCUACAAUUUUUGGGGAAAGUAGAGAUGUCACUCUAGAUGCUAGUGUGCUGUUAGUGAGCCACGGGGCAUAUAUGCGCAACUGGAUCAAGUAUUUUGUGGAAGACCUGCAAUUCAUUUUCCCACCAGAGCUGAAGAAGUCUCGGGAACUUUCCGUAAGCCCCAACACGGGAAUAAGCCAUUUUAUUAUCACUGUUGGAUCAGGAGCAACUAGGAAACCUGAGAUCCAGUGUGUUUGUAUCAAUCUCCAUGGUCACCUGUCAGACAUUGAUGCAGACACCAGCCAUUACCAAGUAUGAUUGAACAUUAAGGGGCAGAUUUAUCAAAGCGUGAGAUUAAAACUCACCACAGAGAAACUCACUCACUUUCUGUUCAUUCCUAUGGGAUUUUUAGAAUCCUAUUUAUCAGUGGAACUCACCAUUUGAUAAAUACACUUUCCCAUAGGAAUGAAUAGAAAGUAGGGAUGCACCGAAUCCCGGAUUCAGUUCGGGAUUCGGCCUUUUUCAGCAGGAUUAGGUUUCGGCCGAAUCCUUCUGCCCGGCCUAACCGAAUCCGAAUCUUAAUUUGCAUAUGCAAAUUAGGGGCGGGUGGGAAAUUGCGUGACUUUUUGUCACAAAACAAGUAGUAAAAAGUAAAUGUUUUCCCCUUCCCACCCCUAAUUUGCAUAUGCAAAUUAGGGUUCGGAUUCAGUUUGGUAUUCGGCCAAAUCUUUCAAGAAGGAUUCGGGGGUUCGGCCGAAUCCAAAAAAGUGGAUUCGGUGCAUCCCUAAUAGAAAGUGAGUGAGUUUUUCUGUGGUGAGUUUUAAUCUCACUUUUUGAUAAAUCUGCCCCCAACAGUGUAUUCUGGCAUCCUUAGCUGAAAUCUUCGUUACCCAUUUGCUCUCAGAAUAGAGUGCAGAUUAGUCGGGUAGUAAACCUUUAAAUAAUGUUUUGAGGCACAUUUAUCAAAGGUCGAAUUUCGAAUUCAUAUGAGUUUUUAAAAACUCCCCUAAACUCCCAUAAAUUUUACCAAUCGAAAAGUAUUUAAAAAAAAAAA